UUGACAUUUUCCUCCUCUUUCUUUUCUCACUGCUUUCCUCCUCUUAUCUGUCUCCCAUUUGCCUCUUUUACUUCUUUCCUUUCUUUCUUUUCCUCUUCCAUCUUUCACCGAUUCUUUUUACUUAUAUUAAGUUACUGUAAGCAAUGGCAUAAUCGGCACUCUCCUUUGUCAGCUGGGAAUUGUUUCUUUGUCUUCAGUCAAUAUUUCAUAUACUUUUCUUUUAUUAUCAUAUCUCUCUUUCUUCAUGCUGAAAUUGUCCCACUCAUAUUUGUCUUUCUUUCUUUCUUUCUCUCUCUCUCUCUCCAUCUUUCUUUCUCUCUCUCUCCAUCUUUCUUUCUCUCUCUCUCCAUCUUUCUUUUCUCUCUCUCCAUCUUUCUUUCUCUCUCUCCAUCUUUCUUUCUCUCUCUCUCUCCAUCUUUUUUCUCUCUCUCUCCAUCUUUCUUUCUCUCUCUCUCUCCAUCUUUCUUUUCUCUCUCUCUCCAUCUUUCUUUUCUCUCUCUCUCCAUCUUUCUUUCUCUCUCUCUCUCCAUCUUUCUUUCUCUCUCUCUCCAUCUUUCUUUCUCUCUCUCUCCAUCUUUCUUUCUCUCUCUCUCCAUCUUUCUUUCUCUCUCUCCAUAUCUUUCUUUCUCUCUCUCCCCAUCUUUCUUUUCUCUCUCUCUCCAUCUUUUUUUUCUCUCUCUCUCCAUCUUUCUUUCUCUCUCUCUCUCCAUCUUUCUUUCUCUCUCUCUCUCCAUCUUUCUUUCUCUCUCUCUCUCCAUCUUUCUUUCUCUCUCUCUCCAUCUUUCUUUCUCUCUCUCUCUCCAUCUUUCUUUCUCUCUCUCUCCAUCUUUCUCUCUCUCUCCAUCUUUCUCUCUCUCUCCAUCUUUCUCUCUCUUUCCAUCUUUCUCUCUCUCUCCAUCUUUCUCUCUCAUCUUUCUCUCUCUCUCCAUCUUUCUUUCUCUCUCCAUCUUUCUUUCUCUCUCUCCCAUCUUUCUUUCUCUCUCUCUCCAUCUUUCUUUCUCUCUCUCUCUCCAUCUUUCUUUCUCUCUCUCUCUCCAUCUUUCUUUCUCCCUCUCUCUCCAUCUUUCUUUCUCCCUCUCUCUCCAUCUUUCUUUCUCUCUCUCUCCAUCUUUCUUUCUCUCUCUCUCCAUCUUUCUUUCUCUCUCUCCAUCUUUCUCUCUCUCUCCCAUCUUUCUCUCUCUCUCCCAUCUUUCUCUCUCUCUCCCAUCUUUCUCUCUCUCUCCCAUCUUUCUCUCUCUCUCCCUUUCUUUCUCUCUCUCCCAUCUUUCUCUCUCUCUCCAUCUUUCUCUCUCUCUCCUCUUUCUUUCUCUCUCUCCAUCUUUCUUUCUCUCUCUCCAUCUUUCUCUCUCUCUCCCCAUCUUUCUUUUCUCUCUCUCCAUCUUUCUUUCUCUCUCUCCCAUCUUUCUUUCUCUCUCUCUCCCCAUCUUUCUUUCUCUCUCUCCCAUCUUUCUUUCUCUCUCUCUCUCCAUCUUUCUUUUCUCUCUCUCUCCAUCUUUCUUUCUCUCUCUCCAUCUUUCUUUCUCUCUCUCUCUCCAUCUUUUCUUUCUCUCUCUCUCCAUCUUUCUUUUCUCUCUCUCUCCAUCUUUCUCUCUCUCUCUCCAUCUUUCUCUCUCUCUCUCCAUCUUUCUUUCUCUCUCUCUCCAUCUUUCUUUCUCUCUCUCUCCAUCUUUCUCUCUCUCUCUCCAUCUUUCUUUCUUUCUCUCUCUCUCCAUCUUUCUUUCUUUUCUCUCUCUCUCUCCAUCUUUUCUUUCUUUCUCUCUCUCUCCAUCUUUCUUUUCUCUCUCUCUCCAUCUUUCUUUCUCUCUCUCUCUCCAUCUUUCUUUCUUUCUCUCUCUCUCUCCAUCUUUCUUUCUUUCUCUCUCUCUCUCCAUCUUUCUUUCUUUCUCUCUCUCUCUCCAUCUUUCUUUCUUUCUCUCUCUCUCUCCAUCUUUCUUUCUUUCUCUCUCUCUCUCCAUCUUUCUUUCUUUCUCUCUCUCUCUCCAUCUUUCUUUCUUUCUCUCUCUCUCUCUCCAUCUUUCUUUCUUUCUCUCUCUCUCUCUCCAUCUUUCUUUCUUUCUCUCUCUCUCUCCAUCUUUCUUUCUUUUCUCUCUCUCUCUCCAUCUUUCUUUCUUUUCUCUCUCUCUCUCCAUCUUUCUUUCUUUCUCUCUCUCUCUCCAUCUUUUCUUUCUUUCUCUCUCUCUCUCUCCAUCUUUCUUUCUUUCUCUCUCUCUCUCUCCAUCUUUCUUUCUUUCUCUCUCUCUCUCCAUCUUUCUUUCUUUCUCUCUCUCUCUCUCUCCAUCUUUCUUUCUUUCUCUCUCUCUCUCUCUCCAUCUUUCUUUCUUUCUCUCUCUCUCUCUCUCCAUCUUUCUUUCUUUCUCUCUCUCUCUCUCAUCUUUCUUUCUUUUCUCUCUCUCUCUCUCCAUCUUUCUUUCUUUCUCUCUCUCUCUCUCUCCAUCUUUCUUUCUUUCUCUCUCUCUCCAUCUUUCUUUCUUUCUCUCUCUCUCUCUCUCUCUUUCUUUCUUUCUCUUCUCUCUCUCUCUCUCCAUCUUUCUUUCUUUCUCUCUCUCUCUCUCUCCAUCUUUCUUUCUUUUCUUCUCUCUCUCUCCAUCUUUCUUUCUUUCUCUCUCUCUCUCUCCAUCUUUCUUUCUUUCUCUCUCUCUCUCUCUCUUUCUUUCUUUCUCUCUCUCUCUCUCUCUUUCUUUCUCUCUCUCUCACUCUUUCUUUCUCUCUCUCUCUCACUCUUUCUUUCUCUCUCUCUCUCUCUUUCUUUCUUUCUCUCUCUCUCUCCAUCUUUCUUUCUCUCUCUCUCUCUCCAUCUUUCUUUCUCUCUCUCUCUCUCUCUCCAUCUUUCUUUCUCUCUCUCUCUCUCUCCAUCUUUCUUUUCUCUCUCUCUCUCUCUUUCUUUCUUUCUCUCUCUCUCUCUCCAUCUUUCUUUCUCUCUCUCUCUCCUCCAUUUCUUUCUCUCUCUCUCUCUCCAUCUUUCUUUCUCUCUCUCUCUCUCUCUCAUCUUUCUUUCUCUCUCUCUCUCUCUCCAUCUUUCUUUCUCUCUCCUCUCUCCAUCUUUCUUUCUCUCUCCUUUCUUUCUCUCUCUCUCUCCUUUCUUUCUCUCUCUCUCUCUCCUUUCUUUCUCUCUCUCUCUCUCCUUUCUUUCUCUCUCUCUCUCCUUUUUUUCUCUCUCUCUCUCCUUUCUUUCUUUCUUUCUUUCUUUCUUUCUUUCUUUCUUUCUUUCUUUCUUUCUUUCUUUCUUUCUAUUUCUCUUUCUUUUUUUCUUUCUUUCUUUCUAUUUCUCUUUCUUUCUAUUUCUCUUUCUUUCUUUCUUUCUUUCUAUUUCUUUCUUUCUAUUUCUUUCUUUCUUUUCUUUCUUUCUAUUUCUCUUUCUUUCUUUCUUUCUGA